AGUAUAAAGAUCAUCACAAGCACAAGCAUCAAAACCAAGCAACACUAGUUGACACCAAUCCACAAUGAAGACAUUCCUCGUCAUUGCCCUCCUCGCUCUUGCGGCGGCAAGUGCCGUUGCGCAAAUUUCACAGCAGCAACAACAACAACCAUUUCCGCAGCAACAACAACCACCAUUUUCGCAGCAACAAGAGCCACCAUAUUCACAGCAACAGCAACCACCAUUUUCGCAACAACAACAAUCACCAUUUUCGCAGCAACAACAACAACCACCAUUUUUGCAGCAACACCAACCACCGUUUUCACAACAGCCACCAAUUUCACAGCAGCAACAACCACCAUUUUCACAGCAACAACAACCACCAUUUUCACAGCAACAACAACCGCCAUUUUCGCAGCAGCAACAACAACCGCCAUUUUCGCAGCAGCAACAACAACAACAACCACCAUUUUCACAGCAACAACAACCACCAUUUUCACAACAGCCACCAAUUUCACAGAAGCAACAACCACCAUUUUCGCAGCAACAACAACCACCAUUUUCACAGCAACAACAAAUACCAGUUAUUCAUCCAUCUGUUUUGCAGCAACUAAACCCAUGCAAGGUAUUCCUCCAGCAGCAGUGCAUCCCUGUGGCAAUGCAGCGAUGUCUUGCUAGGUCACAAAUGUUGCAGCAGAGGAUUUGCCAUAUGAUGCAGCAACAAUGUUGCCAACAGUUGCGGCAAAUCCCCGGGCAAUCCCGCCAUGAGUCAAUCCGUGCUAUCAUCUACUCUAUCAUCCUGCAACAACAACAACAACAACAACAACAACAACAACAACAACAAGUUCAGAGUAUCAUCCAAGCUCAGCAACAACAACCCCAACAGUUGGGCCAAUGUGUCUCCCAACCCCAACAACAAUCGCAGCAGCAACUCGGGCAACAACCUCAACAACAACAAUUGGCACAGGGUACCUUUUUGCAGCCACACCAGAUAGCUCAGUUUGAGGUGAUGACUUCCAUUGCACUCCGGACCUUGCCAAUGAUGUGCAAUGUCAACGUGCCGUUGUACGGAACCACCACUAGUGCGCCAUUCGGCGUUGGCACUGGAGUUGGUGCCUACUGAUAAGAAAAGAUCUCUAGUAAUAUAUAGUUGGAUCACCGUUGUUUAGUCGAUGGAUAUGUCGAUGUAGCGGUGACAAAUAAAGUGUCACACAACACCAUGUGUGACCCUCCCAAACUAGUUGUUUAAAUUCUGAAAUAAAAUACAAAUAAAGUUGUAUCAA